AUGUCUGGGGCCGAGCUCCCCUCCCCGCGGUGCCUUCGCCCCUCUGGGCCGCCAAUAAACUCAUCCGGCGGAAGCAAGUCCUGGACCCGCCCCCCUUGGGCGGAGCUUGCGACUGCGGAGCGAGCCGGGCUUGCCGGCGCCUGUCGGAAGGUUUGCAAGUCGGUGUCUACUUGUGGCGUCCCUCCUGCUUCGUGCUUCGGCUCGGUGAGGGUUCCCCGGGUCCGCGCGCUCACCCUGCCCGCAGCUAGCCCCAGAAAAGACCGGGAACCCGGAAUUCGCCCCGCCUCGGUGACGGCUGCCCCACUGAGCGCCCUGGAGCUGCUGCUCAAAGACGUGCACCUGGGCCUGGCUCUGCCCGGCCAGGGUCCCGCCCGCCUGGCGCUCCUCUCCGGCCACUACCUUUACUAUCACUACGGCUGCGACGGCCUGGAUGACCGCGGCUGGGGAUGCGGCUACCGCACCCUGCAGACACUGUGCUCUUGGCCCGAGGGCCAGUCCUCGGGCGUGCCUGGGCUGGCAGCCAUACAGGCUGCCCUGGAGGACAUGGGCGACAAGCCCCCAGGGUUCCGGGACUCUCGGGAUUGGAUCGGCUGUGUAGAGGCCAGCCUCUGCCUGGAACACUUCGGAGGACCUCAGGGACGCCUAUGCCACGUGCCCCGUGGAGCCGGAAUUGUGGGAGAACUGGAGCGGCUCUAUUCCCACUUCCUGGAGGGCGGCGGCCCAGUAAUGGUGGGAGGGGACGCAGACGCUCAGUCCAAAGCCUUGCUGGGAGUCUGCGAGGGGCCAGGUAGGGACACCUAUGUCCUGACACUGGACCCACACUACUGGGGCACUCCGAAGAGCCGUAGUCAACUGCAAGCUGCUGGGUGGGUGGGCUGGCGAAGGGUAAGCAGCGUCUUUGAUUCCAAUUCCUUCUACAACCUGUGCUUGACCAGACGCACCUGAUCAACGCACCCAGCCUGCACUGUGAGAUAGGCACCUGUUACUUCUCACAGGUGCCCAGCAGACAAGUCUUUUCCAGCACCAAAAAUCUGGGACAGGGCAAUGACAGGCAGGUGGAUCUGAGUUCAAAGCCAGCCUGAAAUUCUAGGCUAGGCAGGGUUACAGAGAAAGAUACGGUUCUCAAAAUAAUAAUAAACUGGUAUAAUUCAGCUUACUAUGGUCCAGCCUGUGUCUGGGAAAAGGCAUACAGCACACAGUUAAGAGACACUACCGAAGUGCUUUUACUAGCAGGAAAAAUAACGUACAAAACAAUUCUCAGCUGAUGGGGUGAAGUAGUCGGGUAGAGAUGGUAACGAUGUAAAGAGGGCAAGAGGACGGCUCAAAAGAAAUCAACGUCAUCUGGGGCAUCCAGGUCCCGGUACUCCACGAUGGCCCUCGGGUCUCCUCGAACCAUCCUGGGAAAUAAAGGAGUGUGAUGAGACACAAGUCCCUGGUCAGAGGAGGGGAAGAAGCCUGGGUCCCUCUCCUUUCACGCUCACCUGUUCCGAGGUUUCCCAGGAUAUCCUUGGCCUCGAAACGCAUCAUAGUUCCCGCGGCCGGCACCAUAUGGAGCAUGGGGGUAUGGAGGCCCUCCUGUUGGGACUGCAGGGCGGACAGCACCAGCUAUGAGAAAGACCCGGGUUGAACUAAAAACUGACCUCAACCUCAGCCUAGCUAAGCUGUGUAACCCUCCUCAAACACCAAGGCCCUGCAUCGCCUUUCCAGACUCACCUCCAUAGCCCAAGAUGGGAGGCCGGGGCUGACCAUACGGCAUCAAGCCCUGUGGUGUCUGGUGUGGAUAGGGAAGUCCUGGGGUCAGGCCUGGGGGGAGUACAACAUGGACAGGAACAUGAAUUACUGCGGGGGAGGGAAGGGGGUGACAGGAAUUCUAGGAAUAGAGCCUGGGGAUUAGUGGGUAGACUUCUCAAGGACUAAGGACUCAAAGAAGAGAUGUGGCAGCCCCCAUGGAUCGUAUCUUACUCUGGGCAGGGCCAGGGGGCUGAGCCGGCUUGAUCUCGGGCAAAGCUGGGCGCUUGGCAUCUGUGAGGAAGUUGUUAAAAAAUGCCACCUCCUUCUUCACCUCUUCGAUCUUCUCUGCGUGUUUAUUGAAGAUGUGUUUGCGCACAAACUCAGGGCCCUGGGUGAGAGAGGAGGGGAUGAGGACAGAGCACACUGCAGUCCCUUCCCUCCAGUUCCCCACCUGGAAGGUCACAGGCCUCCUCCAGUCCUUUGGGGGUCCUGCUGCCCCCAGGCCACCUCCCAGUCCACCCACCAAUUCUCUUCACAUCCCAGACCUUGAAUUUCUUGCCACUGAGAGGACAUAGCCACUUAUCCUUGCCCAGUUCCUGCGUGUUGGAGGUGACAAACUUCUCUACUUCCUGCUCAGGGUCUUUGCGACCCAUCUUCUGGGCCUCUUCUUCAGAAAGGGAUUCGCGCACACUCAGCAGUGGAGUCAGUUUCUCCUCAAAUGUCUUCUGCCACUCCAGCACUGUGUGGAGGACAGGGCAGGAUGAGAGGGAGCUGGAAGCAGGGGUGAGGAGGGACAGAAGACAGACUUGGGGGAGCUGGAGUGUACCUUCUCCGUGACUGAUCCGGUUGGGAGGCAUGGGCCCCCGGACGUGGAUUAUGCCGCAGCGGUUAGGCAUCUCGUCCUCAUUGGGGUACUCACAAGUGUUGUAAUAAUCCAGAGAAUGCACAAUGCGCAGAUAGAGAAGGAGUUUAUCUAAGACCUGAGGGAGGGGACACACAAGGUCAGGACUCAGCCCUGCACCUCUGGCCAUACUACCCCAGGUGGUCAGAACCGGCACCUUGAUCAGCUUCUCAUCCCUCUCCACAUUGAUCUCUGCUGGAUUGCCUUCCUUGGGAGGUUCCUCAGGAGGGGGCCCUCCACUGCUCCCCAGAAGCUCCUCCUCCUCGGCACUCACUUCCUCAAUCAGGUAGUCAGUGAUGUUCUUCAGGAUGGGGUUUUGCGAGGGCAGACUCUAACAGGGAUGAGACGGCCAAUGAGGCGGAGAAAUCAACCCAGAA